UCCACGGCCGGGAUGCGCCCAGCCGUGCUCCAGCUGCCUGUCCCCAGCCCGGCCACCCCGUGUCCUGUCGUGUCCCCGCAGUCGAUAUCCCAGCGGGCUCCAGCCGAGCGCCGGCGGCACCGCCGAGCCCGGAGCACCCGCACAUCCCUGAUCCCCGGGGACCCUGCCCGCGGCACCCCCGGGCCCGGCUCUGCCCCGCCGCUGGCGAGGUCGCGGUGACAAAGGCACAGAGAGGUCGUGGUGACCCCGCCAUUGCCCUGGGGACAUUUGUCCCCUGCUCCCUGCCGGAGCCCGUGGACUUUGAGCCGAGCCUGGGAGCGGCGCUGGGACGCGUCUGGAGGCGCUGGCAUCGCCCCAAAGCUCCCCGAGAGCUGGCUGCGGACAGCAGCUGCCCGGUGGCUCUGCAGUGACUGGGACAGGGCAGCGAGCUGCAGCUGGCCUGGAGCAGGAGAGGCUGGACAGUGACAGGGAGAAGGUGCAGAGCCCCAGGGAGCAGCUGGAGCAGAGACACGGCCAUCGCCUGCCCCAGCACCCCUGUCCCAGCCUGGGGGACACAUCCAGAACCUGCCCUGACUGUGCCAGCACCCUGUGAGGAGCCAGUGGCACCACCAUGUCCCAGGCAGAAGGAGCUGAGGAGGCCUUUGAACACCGUGACGUGGUCAUCAACAGCCAGGACAAGUUUUCGGAUGUGUACACGCAGCUGGAGAAGCUGGGGGAGGGGAAAUUCGGGACUGUGUACAGGCUGCAGGAAAAGGCCACGGGCAGAAUCCGGGCUGGGAAGUAUUUCCGGACGCGCACGGCGAAGGAGAGGCAGGCGGCGCGCGCCGAGGUGGAGCUGAUGAACCUCCUGCACCACCCACGCCUCGUGCAGUGCCUCGACGCCUUCCAGGGCCCCGCCGAGCUGGUGAUGGUGAUGGAGUACGUGGCAGGCGGGGAGCUCUUUGAGCGCAUCGUGGACGACGACUUCGAGCACACGGAGCCCAGCAGCGCCCAGUACGUGCGGCAGAUCCUAGAGGGGCUGCAGUUCAUGCACGGCCAGGCCAUCGUCCACCUGGACCUCAAACCCGAGAACAUCGUCUGCGUCAGCCCCGGCAGCCAUUGGGUCAAGAUCAUCGACUUUGGCUUGGCACGGAGGCUGGGGCCAUCCCAACUGGCCUCCUGCCUCCUCUCUGCAGCUCCAGACACCCCUGUGAAGGUGCUGCACGGCACCCCCGAAUUCAUGGCUCCAGAAGUGGUCGCCUUUGAGCCCGUGAGCUUCUCCACAGACAUGUGGAGCGUUGGUGUCAUCUGCUACAUCCUGCUGAGCGGGGAGUCACCCUUCCAGGGGGACACUGACAUGGAGACCCUGAGCAACGUCACAGCUGCCCAGUGGGACUUUGAGGAGGAGACCUUCUCGGAGAUCUCCCUGCAAGCCAAGGACUUCAUCAGCCAACUGCUGCAGAAGGACCCCUGCCGACGGCUCCCCAGUGCAGGGGCUCUGCUGCACCCCUGGCUGCAGCACCCCCAGCCCAGCAGCCCCAAGGUGCUGUCCAAGGAGAGGAUCAGGCAGUUCCUGGCACGGAGGAAGUGGCAGAAAACAGGGAAAGCCCUGCUGGCUCUGAAGAGGCUGACCCUGCUGUCCCAGAGCCUGGAGGGGAAGGCUUCAGAGGCUCAGGAUGAGGAAGGCCUGGGCUGCAGCCUGGAGAAGGAACAGCCCCCCAGAGCUCUGCCUCAACGAGGUGCCAACCCCUCAGAGCUGCUGCCAGACCAGGAGGAUGAGGAUGACGAUGGUGGGAGCACGGCAGCCUCAGGGCAGUGACAGCGUGGUCCUGUCACCCCCAUCCUGGAGCACCUAGAGAUGGGGAUGGUGCCCCCUCCAGCAGCUCCCACCGUGGCCUGGGGCAGAGCCAGACCCCCCUGGGGCUGAGCUCUGGGGUCCCUGUGCUGCUGUCCCUGCCAGGCACCUGCCACCAAUAAAGCACUGACAAUCUCUGCACUCCCUGUGCUGC